AUGAGCAACAACAAACGCUGGAUACAAUAUACUCCCGAUAAUACUUCUAGUAGAUCCCUUUCAUUGCCUACUAAUCCCUUGCAGAUUUCUGUUAAUAACAGCAGGAAGGUUAAAAAAGAGCAGAAACAAACAAUUUUAAAUUGUUCUUCAUCAUCAAACAAUUUUAUAAUGCAGCCAAGCCUCGAUAAGGUUUUAAUUUCCAUGUUAACGUACAAGGAUGGUUCGUGGAAGCCGACAACACACAAAUGGGAGUAUCAUCCUUCCGAAUGUAAAGAAGUGAUUCAUUGCUGUAUUGAUGAGCUGGGGACAAAUAAUAAUCAAAUUGUGAAAAUUGGAUUUGAUUUGUGGAAUUUUUAUGAUGUGGAUGUAAUUGCCUUCUUUAAUAUUGAUGGACAAGAAAUGAAAAAAUCAUUGUGUCCAAUAGUACGUGCUAAUGGACAGACUUUCAGGGCAACAGCUUUUUUUGAAGAAACAGAUUGGCAUUCAAUUUGUAUAAAACAAAGCGAUUUGGCUGAAGAUCCUGACGAUAUUGAUUUUGAAAAGUUAAAUUCAGCAGGAAAAAUUAUAGUUAAGGUCUUUAAAUUUGCAUUUGAAACAGUACUAUCGGAUUCGAAUAUAGAGUAUGACCAAACCAAUACGAAAUUGAAUGGAGUGAAAUGUAAAUUAAAUAGUGAUAAGGGUGAAAUAUCUGUUACUAAAGGAGAGAAAAUUGAAAAUGCCAAUGUAACAGUACGAGGAUAUCCUGACUGUUCACAAUUAUUGAAAGUUUUUGAGAUUAAUUAUCAUACUCCAGGAAAAUAUCAAAUGUUAACAUCAAAUAAGAAGUUAAAUGAAAACAGGAGCAUGCCAACACCUGGUGGAAAUAACAUGUUUAGUUUGGCAACCACAAGAACUGCUCAGCAAUCCAACCCAGGUACUCCAGGCUCAGGAUCUCAGGCUGGCAGUUCCACUUCACAUACUCCACAACCAGUUGUUUCAGAACAACCAACCAUCACACCUCUCAUCGCCACUAAUACAGUCACACAAGCAACUACCUCAACCAUUCCUUCUACUCCUCUCACAGUAGCUACUGCUGCAAUUACAUCACCAACACUUCAAACCUCCAAUAGUCCAACACCAAGCAAGGAUACUCCCUCAAUGAAACAGGCUACACUUGACAAACUACAACCAAAGAGAAAAGAGAUUGAGGUAAUUGUACUUGACUCAGAUGAUGAAGAUGAUUUGGACAAUUCAGAACAAUCUGGUUGUGAUUCGAAAGUUAUUGAACCAGAACCAAAGAAGUUAAAACCCUCAACUAGCCAAACUCAAACUGUUCCAAGUCUCUUUAAACCACUGAAAAAGGAUGUAUCUAUGGAAGAAGUUUGUGCCAAAUACAGUUUGGUGGAAGUACAAACUAUGACAUGUGAACAACUAGAAGAAUUUAUUUCCAAGGCUUUAGGAUCUAAAAAAUACCAAUUUGAUCUUAGUAUUUUUGAGAUGAAUGGAAUUGAUGGAAAUGUGUACAUUACAAAUUUUUCAGAACUUUCAGAGAUGGGACUAGAAAAAGAAUUGAUACAAGAAAUGGAGAAAAUAUUAAAUAUUCUGAAAUAA